AUGUGGCAUGAAAAUCCUCUGCAUCUCAAGUCCUUGAAUCACAUCUUCUUGUUUACACUAUCCGUUAAAAAAUCUAUUGAUUUCUCACAGAAUGUUCUGGUUUCUUACCCAUGGUGGGCUACUUCUUUUGAUUUUGAUGGGCCGUGGCUAUUAAACCAUGGCAUUGGCAUACAUCUCCUGAAAUGUGAAGAUCCUGAUAAAAUGCCCACCAUCAACCACAUUAAUCCCAGGGGCAACCACAUUUCCUUCCAGUGUGAGAGCAUAAUAACAGUGGAAAGAACAUUGAAAGAGAUGAAGAUGGAUUACGUGAAGUGUAGAGUCGAGGAGGGAGAAAUCUCUGUUGAUCAGUUGUUUUUUCAUGACCCAGAUGGCUCAAUGAUCGAGAUUUGCAAUUGUGAGGUGCUGCCUCUGGUUCCAUUAGCCGGAGAUGCCAUCAAACAUGUUCAAGUCUCAAAUGCAAAUUUCAGCAGCUGCAGCUGCAGAUUCAACAAGCAGAGCAAACGCAACAACCACCACAAGUGGAGUAAUUUGCCUUUUAUUAACAUGAAGAAAGACUUUCUUCAUUUUGCAUCAGAAGUACCUUGUACAGGCAAUCCAUUCUAUACAUCGCAUUCUUGUUGUAUGAAUAAUUAA